AAUGGAGAUCCUUGGUUUUAAAAGGGCAAUGGAAUAUUUACAAAAUGAAUCAGUGGGUGUCACCAAAUUUAUUUCUGAUCGUCAUUGUUCCAUUGCCAAAUGUAUGAGAGCGGAGUACAGUGAAAUAAGUUAUUUCUUCGAUUUGUGGCAUUUGCAAAAAUCCUUAAGAAAGCAAUUAUUGAGGAUGGGUAAAGAAGCUGAAUGCCAAGAUAUAAAUGAGUGGAUUAAGCCGUGCAUCAAUCAUCUUCAUUGGAGUGCUACAACCACCACCAAUGGUGAUGGAGAUCUGAUUUGGGCAAAAUUCAGUUCAUUUCUAUCACACAUAAUUUAUGAGCACAAUAAUCUUGAUAAUCCCUUGUUUAACAAAUGCGCACAUGAUGAAUUAGAAGAGCCCCGCAAAUGGCUAUUUGAAGGUAGAAUACAGAAUAAUCAUAUUGUAGUACACAUUAAACUAAUCUACAUUGUACUUGGAUUAAUUUUUUGCUUUAAUUUUCACAGAUUCACUGCUUAUGAGAAGCUGAAAAAAAUCAUAACUAACAAGCUGCUGGUUAAAGCAAUAAAGAAAGCAUCUCCAGUAAGCCAAACAAGUUGCCUAGAAGGAUUGCACUCCGUUUUAAACCAGUUUGCACCAAAAAUGAUAGCAUAUUCACACACUGGCAUGGUCUGCAGGCAUAUUCUUGCAGCUGUGCAUUUUAAUUACAAUUUGAAACGUGACAGAUGUCAAAAUCAUGAUUGUUCUAUGCGGGUCAAAGUUACUUGGCCAAAAUAUAGAAAUGGGGCAGCAAAAGUUAUGGGGGUGCAGGUUAAGCAGAAUUAUGAAUACAUUGAUGAGUUGUACCAAAUUCUUAAAAAAUCAUCCAAGGAAGAGUUAGAGGCAGUAGCACUACAGACGAAGGAGAAAAUCAUUCCUCCAAUGAACAGAAUGCUGGACAGAGAGAGCAAAGCUGAUGCAAUUGAGAAACACAAAAAAAGAAAGGAAAUGAUCACUGUUGAUGUACCAGCUACUGGAACUGUUUCAGAAGGUUAUCAUUUUAAAAAUCUCAAUUUAAAGCUGUUAUGUAGGCAGUCAAUAUUUAUUAUAGGGAGUGGUCAAUUUAGGGGUUUAUGGCCAAAUGUUGUUAGUCAAAUAGAACAAGUUGUUUCAAUCUCACUUUAUCUCAAAGUGAAUAAUUUUAUGUUGGUGUUAACAGUUUUUGUUUCAUUUCAGCAAUAAAAGACCAAAAUUCUGGAAAAGCUAAAGCUGCACCAAAAUGCAGAAAGUGCAAAGUGCCAAUGAAGGGCCACAAAUGCCCCCUGAGAAAAACUGACACUAGUUUUUAAGUUAUCAUGGUGGAACCCAUGCUGGUAUACGCCAACAAACAAUAGAAAUGUAGUAAGGAACCUUUACUUUAGGCAGGAUAACUCUUACCGGUAUAAGCUACAUGGAUUCUACACUGCGUUAAAUGCAUAUAUACAUAAAUCUUUGUAACCAGUAAAUACAGGCGGUGCCUGAAAUACAUUGACACUUUAAAUUGUCCACGUGUGGCAUGAAAGGCACACUGAGGUUCUCUUUUGCCAAUAACAUUAUACUCAAUUCUUGAAUGGUGACAUGCCUUGCUUCAGAGAAUCUAAGAAAAAAUAUAAUUUUGUUUUCUGUAUUCCAAAUUGCAAAGGAAAGUUCAAAUGUUAGUUAUGAAUUUUCAGACCCCGGUGUCAGUUUCAGGUCCGCGACUUUCUUAAGCGUACCAAAAAUAUCAAGGAAUUAAAAGUUAGGAACUAUUUGAAUCAAUAAAAAUGUCAACUAGCUUGUAGGCCUAAUGCACAACUUUUUUUCCCUAAGUUGUUUACAAAGUAAAAUAAAGCAUACUAACCAUUCCACAACAUUGACAGCUUAGUUAAGGCGAUUCUUCAGUAUUCAUGUUCGUUUAUUAUUUCGUUCUGGUUCUUUGGUACAGUUUUCGAGGAAUCUGCAAGUACCUCUUCCAAUCAAGGUGGGCAUGGGUGAACCAGGCCAUUGUCAGCCUUUAUCGUCGCAGGCUUGGACUUUUCAUCCUUUUGCUCUAUUUCAAAAUGGCUACAACACUAUCAACAGUAUUCGAAUGCAGCUGUGAUCUUUCAGUCCCAGUCAUGCUAAAUACAGGGCCGCACUAAGGACUUUGGGGGCCCUGGGCUCACUGGUGUUAUGGGCCCCUCCUAAGUAUCCAAAGGUGCUGAGAGAAGAUACUUGCAGACAGAAUUAAAGAGGCAUAUGAUCAAUGGAUUAGGUUAUUAUAUAACUAAAAACAAACAAAACAGAACUACAGCAAAUCUCGAAAAAGGCAAACAGAAACAAGUAAAUAGGUUCUAAAAUUUGUGUUUUUUGCCUUAGUAAGUGCAAAUUUUCUACUAAGUUUUUGAACAUCUAAUUUUCUUAAAAUAUCCGUAUUGGAUGCCAUCAAACACAGUGCCACGUUUCUUUCUUGUGACAUUGUUGAACGAAACUGGUUCUUAACUCUUUUCAAAAUGGAGAAGCUUCUUUCUCCAGAGGCAACACUGCAAGGCAAUGUUAACAAUAGCCUCAAAGCGAUCAUAACAUUGGGGAAUGUGGCUUGGGUAUUGUUAUUCCUGACAAGGUUAAGUAAAAACUGCCGGGUUGAUAUUUCUUUAAGCUCUUGCUCUUUCAUUCCUUUCCCUCUGCUGACUCUUUCUUUUCCUUGCGUUUGUUUUUCACAUUUUCUCACUUUGGUUAUGUAUUUCUGAAGCGGUUCCUUAGCAUAAUUGAAAAAUUGCAUCAUUUCGUGCUCCAUAUCAUCAUCAAAGUGCCCUGGAUAUGCAUGUGUCAAGGCCUUGCACCCUUCUGAAAUUUCUUCUGUUCGUAAUGCACAGAUAAACCCAAAUCUCUGUUCAAUAACAUCAUAGCUAGCUUUUCGCAUGGAAAGUUCUGUUUGUAAGCUCUCAAUGAUGGGAAAAUACGUGCCAAUGUAAAAUUUCUCUCCACCAACUAACUCCACUUCUUUUGUUACACUUUUGUCUGCCAGUCUCGGUCUGUUCUUUUUUCUUUUCAUUUCAUCUUUGAAUUGCUGUUCGGUGCUGUCUAGAAACGUUUUGGCCUUAUCAAGAUACUGUUGGUAUUAUUCUCUAUUUCGCAUCCCCGAAAUGAAUAGCUCAAGACUGUUCAAUAGAUUGAUUGCAGAAGGCAUCGUCAGGCUCACUGUUUGAAGUGACAAGUUACUUAUGUGUAUUUGCUUUAGAAGAUCAUUCCAAAACACAGCCAUCAACGCAAAUUCCAAAGAUUCGAGUUUUUCUGAUAAGGAUGUUGCGUCAUUUCUAGUGGACAAUGUUUGAUCUUCAUCAAGUGCAAUUUCAUCCAGAGUUUCUUUUAUAGAACGUGGUGCCAGAACUAAUGCUCUUAUAGCAUCAUGUCUUGCAGACCAGCGAGUAUCACAUAUCUUUUUAACAACCAAUUCACUUUUGGAGAGCUUUGAUUGCAUAGUGUUCCAGUGAUGCGUGGAGGCUGCUAAAAAUGUAUACACCUCUUGUACAGUUGAGAAAAAAGAUACUGCUUGUAAGCAGCAUUAGGCUGCAGCAUUUCCCACUAAAUUUAAGGGAUGGCUUGUGCAGGGAACAUAAAGGGCACAUUUGUUAAUUUCUUUUAUUCUUGCCUGAACUCCAGACUAUUUUCCAGACAUGUUUGACGCAUUGUCAUAAGAUUGACUGCAACAAUAUUUAAUAUCCAGAUUUAACGAGUUCAAUGUUUCAAUGAUAGCUGUUGUCAAAGAUUCGCUUUUAUGAGACUUUAUUGGUGUAAAAGUGAUAAAUCUUUCCACCGGCUCUCCAUCUUCGAUAUAUCUUAGUACAAAUGUUAGUUGAUCAAUAUGAGAUACGUCCGGAGUGGAGUCAACAAUUAUCAAAAAGUAUUUUGCGUUAGAAAUUGAUAUUAGAAUUAAUUUUGUUACUUCAGAUGAUAGCAUCAAAAUUACUUCUUCCAUGAUUCUUUGUGACAAAUAUGAGGGUUUUCUAGUUCCUUUGUUACCAGAGCGAGCAAGAUGGUCCGCUAAAAAUGGGUCAAAUUUGGACAGUUAUUCAAUAAUACCAAGAAAGUUUCCGUUUUUUGGAUGUCCAAUAACAUGUGAAUCUCCACGAAAUGCUAAUCCUCGUUCAGCUAGAAAUUUAACAGCCUCAAUGACUCUAAUAAUAACACCUUUCCAACGUUCUUCUUCUUGUUGAAGAAGUUUGAUAUGUUGUGAUUCAAUUAACCAGCAUUCCCCAUUUGCAAAUGCUGUACAUGCUUCACGUUUUCGAAAUUCGCAUCUGACCUCUCGUGUUGGGAAAUUGAUUCAGGAUGCUUCCAAUCAUCAAAUCCAGAGCUUGCUAAAGCUGUUGUGGUAGACCCUCCAAACAGUUUACAAUUAAAAGCAGAACACUUUGCCCGAACUUGGGGAAUACAAAAGCCAAUCUCGGUGAAUCUAUUCAGCAUUUGAUAACUUUCUCUUCAGCAAAGAAGCACUGAAGCACCUUGUUUUCAUUUUGUUAUCAUUCACUUUGUAUUGUCGACUUGACUUGAAAAAUGAUACAUCUCUGUUUUGGCAUUGUUUUGGUCCAUGUACUGCCCAGUAACGUUUCAUUUCCAAGGAAAUGAAAGUCCAGCAAGAUGAAUCGGUUUCGAAUUCUGAUACUGAUUGCAAGCCUUGCUCGUUUUCCACUCCAUUUUCAUUUACACUAGUGCCUUCUCUGGAAUCGGCAUUUCCAUUUCCACCAUGCUUUUCAUCUGGAUCAACUACGGCCUCAUUAACAGAAUUAUCCGACGUAUCAUUGUCAAAACCUAGGCUAGUAUCGUCUUUGUCUAAUUUCUCACUAGAUUGAUUGGAAUUCGAUUCUCUUUGGGCAUCUCUUGCUUCAGGUUUAAACCCAAAGGUUGAUAGCUGUGGGAUUGACUUCAAAACCUUUUCAUUCGAUGCUUCACGAACUUUUUUCAAUUUCCUCUUUUUUGCUCAACUAGGAUAUCUUUCACUCAUAUUGAAAACGUAAAGUGUGCAUGCAGACAAGCCAAAAAUUAGUUUUCUCAAAAAAGAAGAGUCAGUGGCAAGUUUUGCUAGGCUUUGUGUUUGAACAAUAAACAGGAAAUAUCUUUCUCAAAGGCAGAAUAAAGCAUAGAGUAUUAACACAUAUUCUAAUGCCAACACGUCGGCUGUGAUACUCAUUAUGGACCGCAUGAUGUUUGCUUAGUUUCUCUAACACAAAGGUCCGUUUUCUUAAACUCCAUUUCCACAACUAUUUUAAAAAUCCCUCAGAAAAUUUGGGGCCCCCAACUGGUUGUGGGCCCCUGGGCCCGGUGGUUAGUGCAGCCCUGGCUACAUACCUCCGGAGAAGCGAAACGUUCAUGUAUGUAUCUCUCAGACGACAACACCAGCAGCUAACGAUGGGACAAGACCUCUUUAUCAGCAUGUUACUGGGUAGACGACAUCAGUCACUCGGACGCUGCGCGUAAAAUUGGAACACUUUCCCAACUAUACAAAACCCCAUAACUCCGCAAUUAUACGGUCUUUUUCAAUUUUGUUUUUUUCUCAUAAGCUCAGUAAAUAAAGAACUUUUCAUUUUUUUAAAAAAAAAUUUUGUGUGUAGGUGCACUUUAAAUAAACAAGCAUAAUUCAAAAUGUUGAUCAAUGAAAACAUAUUUAGUUUACUUAGAUUACUGACAUAUUGCAAUUGAAAAUUAUUUGAUACCAUCCACCUCGAGAUCAUGUUAACUUUUUCUAUUGAAAGUUAAUCCUAUCUUCUAAACAGCACAGAUGCCUUCCUUUUUUCCUGCUCAGACAAAGUGUAAAUACACUAUCACGAACCAAAUUAGCUGCAGACUUUACCGAACAAAAACCUGUAAGCACAAGACUUUGGCCAAACUAUAAGGAAGCUUCGACCAAGGAUUCUAUCAUAUAAGAAUCUCAGGGCAAGUCUUUACCAAGACCUUAGAAUAUAGAUUUUUUCCUGUUUAUCUCCCCUCUGGAAAGAUCCCAUUUUAUUGACUUUGAGUUUCUUCUCUGAUCUGCUUACAAAUUAAUUGCCCCUCCCUUCACUUUUGCAAUCAAAGGUGAUAACACAACUAAUUAAAAAGCCAGAUCAAAGAGGGGAAAGAGUUUUACAUUGAGAAAGAGUUUUAAAAAAGUUGGGGGGGGUGGGGUUAUGUGGUAGGAAUUAAGUUAAUAGUUAGUCAUUGUGAAGGUAUAUAUCCAAAUCCAGCCUGACAGGGAUAUUAUUUUGGCAAUAGUGCAAUGCUUAGUUUUUCUCUUGUAAGGGCCCAAAUGCUUUACCAGUAAUUAUCAUCUUCCUCCUUUAACAUCAACAAGUGGCAAAUGAGAAAAAAGUAUAGGCUACACAAGCUUUAUCAUGAUCCAGUUGGGUUUAAACAUAUUUUUUGUCUUCUUGUUCAUCUUGCAUUUGCACCGUUACCCUGGCAGGGAGGAUAAAGGUGUGCUAUCACUUUCCCAAGGUGACCACCCAGACAAGUGGAGGCAUGGAGGUGUCCAUUUCCCCAUUCCAGAUUCUGCCAAUGACAGAAUUUGGCCACUCUCCGUUCAAAUGUUAAAGCGUUUGUAAUACUGAGCAGUAGCUUCUUCAUGAGGAGGGUGCUUGUAAUUUUCACACAUUGGACCUGGCUGUAUUAUGCUAGCAAUUUUUUCUUGAAAUGGGGUGCUAUUAAAUAUGACUUGGUCACACAAUGUCUUCAUCAAUGUUUCAAUGUAUUCUGAAAAAAUACCAUCAAUAGAAUAAAAUACUUAAAACUUUAAACAACAUAUAUUUUUGGAGUAGGCAUUUGAGAAAAAGUAAAAUUAAAGUAAAAUAUUCAAGUUUGCAAGCAGUUUUAUUUUGCUAAUCAUAAUAAUCAGAUCAAUUUCUCUAAUAGCCUAUACAAAUAAUAGUAAUAUAUGGCAAGUGAUCACUUUUCAAAAAGUAUACAGCAAAGUUUCAUAUUUUGUCAACUUUGAUAAGAUUAUGGGGUAAAGGAAUACAAACACUGCAAUCAGUUGUGUAAUGUUACUGCUUACCAUAUGUUGGUGGAGUUUUCUUUGCUCUAACAAUGUAGCCACCUUUUUUGUACUUUGGAUAUUAGAUUACAAAGGCUGGUUUUCCAUCACUUGUUGUUGCUUGUUGCCUGUCACUAUUUUCGUUGUAAUGCAGAGCAGCUAAAAGCAGUCUGUAAAUGUGAUACAAAAGUGCUGAGAUUACUUUCCAUGUUUCUCACUGUUACAACUCGUACAGUAUUUUCCAGUUAAAAUAUAUGUAAUGCAUUUUUACCCAAAUUGCAACAAUAUCAGUAAUAAGGUGUAGAAAACUAACCUGCAUAACAUUCCUUUAAAACUGAAGGGAGUCAUUUUAGGACAAAAAUGCAGGAUAAGGGAAUGGAAAGCAUCAACAUUAGAGGUUUGGUGAUAAGGACUCAGCUUCUGGAUAUUUUUGCAUAGAUGUUUAUCUCUGAUCAACUGUUCAGCUUUUUCUGAUGGAGUUGUACCUGAAUAUUCAAAAUUACUUGAGUAAUGAAAUUAAUUAUUUAUUGCAUUAGUAUCAGUUACUGUUAGACAGAAUAUCUGUGUAAAUACAAGUGUAAAUAUCAAGUCAUUUGUGCAUUUUAAAUGGAAGAUCAGUAAAACAGAAGGGCAGUGAAAGAAGCACAAUAAAACUCUAAUAUAUAAUUCAGAAUGAGACAUCUAUGUCAAAUAGAAAUGUUUCUCAUAAAUGAUAUGCUACCUGGUUUCAGCCAUUUCUUCAACCUGCCAGCCUCACCAAGGUCACCAUGUUCACAGGAUGGGAAUUGGUCAGAAUGAUCUUCAUGAAUGUUGUGCAUAUGAUUGAUAAAAGCCAACCAUUUUGCAAGGAUCAAUUCACCGUCACCACCAGAACUUGUUGAUGCACACCAGUAAAUGUGGUUUGACAUCCUUUUUAUCCAUCCUGCAAUUAUUUCACAUCCUUUUUGCUUUGAAAGAGCUGUUGCUUUUUUUUGAAUCCUAGAACAAUAGAGCUUAGAUAAACCACACUAAUAACCAUGCCAGUGCAUAUGAAAUGAAUUCUAACUUUUUAAAAAAGGGCCUUUGAAAAAUAAAAUUAUUCUUAGAAUUACUUUCAAUUAACAACAUUCCCCUUUGUGCAAUUAACCCUAGUUGGGGGUAAUGGAGGUAGUUGGAGCCCCUAGGACUAUCCCAGCUUAGGGCCCCCCGGUUCUAAGCAUUAGAAAAACAAUUUAGACAAAACAUAGAAUGGUAAUCAACAGACUUUCCAUUCAUUUCAACUGAUAUAUCGCACAGGCUUGGGAUCCCUUGAAUUCAUUUAUCUCGGCAAAAAUGCCAGCUUCAAAGUAAAAUAACAAAGAGAAAACUUUUUCUGGGGCCCCUAAAGGUUGGGGGCCCUUAGUUUUUAAACUUGAGGUAACUUUAGCCGGUUAUACCACUGCAUGGCUGUGUUUAUCUAAUGGGUCUUUGCUUACCAUUGGCAACAUGCCAAACAUCAUAAUAGUGUGUCACUUCUGGCAGAUUUUCCCGAAUCCACUUCUGAAUUUGAAGGUGCCUAUCACUGAUGAGUGUUUCAAUUUUGAGCUCUAAACUCUUAAUGUGGUUGCAGGAUCUUAUAAGCCCUUCCUUCUCCAUUGCAUUGCUAUUGGCAACUUCAUUGCACUGAAUUAUAGAAAAAUAAUAAUAUUUUCUCUGAAGUUUAAUGCAAACAACUAGAUUCACCACAGCAUAGACUCACCACAGGAAAUUUUGUAUAAUGCAAAUUGAUUGAUUGUUAUGAUAUUUGAGAAAGGAGAACAUACAUUUAUUAGUGAUUAUAAAAAAAUGACCUGACAACAUGUUGUACCUGAACUAGUUGGAUAUCAAUAACUUUGUUUAUUCGUUUUUCAAGUACCGAAUAAGAACCAGUGGCGAAGCUAACCAAGAACAGGUGGUCCUGCGCAGAGGGGGUCUGGGGGCUACGGCCCCAGAAAAAUCGCUUGAAGCCACGCCCUAGAGACCCUCGGAAAAGGGGGAAACGCCCUUCUGGAUGUGUUGAAAUCAAGAUUGCAGUGAAACAUUUUUCACUGCCACAUAGGGGAUGAAGGUUCGGAUCCUUUCAAGUUCCUCCUGCCUUACAUUAAAAAAGUCAAAAGAGCAUCAUAAAAAAUUUUCUCUAAAAUAAAUGACAUUUGAAAAUGUUUUCAUUGAUUGACAAUUUUGAAAUCAUUGACUAAAAAGAAAUUGCUUGUACAUAUCCUAUAGGCAUAUACAGUUGUAAUACAUACUGGAAACAUAAUUCUUUCAAAUUAUUUUAAAAAAGUAAGAAUAUUUUGUCACAACAUUGAUAUGUCUGAUGCACGGUAGAUAGGGUCUUGAAUCAAUUUGUUUUGAAUAUCAGAGGAGACCCCUGGCAUUUUGCCAGUACAAUACAAUCUGAGUCAUCGAGUACAAAAGCUCCCAGUAAUUACCAUUGUUUUCCUUUUCAUCCUUUACAAAGCGUCCUUUUCAUCGGUACCUCUGAAUUGUAUGGUAGUUCCUGUUUAAGGCAGGAGGACGAACUGCUGAAAUUAAAUUUAGAAUAAAGUAGAAUAGUGUAGAAUAAGACCUUUGAAACAGACCUUUGAAAAGAAAUGCCUUUGAAUCAGGCAUAUAAUGAUUUCAUAAAGUGAAUCAAUUUUUAAUAUUUUUUAAAAAUUGUUAUCUUUGGAAAUUUGUGGUCCUGCCCGGCAGGACAAGCAGGACCUUUGGCUUCGCCACUGAUACAAACCAUAUUUGGCACUAUGACCAGGAGAGUCUGCUUUUCCAUCGGUGCCCAAGACUAAUCCACCUUCCAUUUGUGAUAGCUGUUGAAACAGAUUCUCUUGUUCACAUUUCCAUUUGUGAUAAACUGUGGGUUGCAAAUAUCUGGAUGCAUGCUCAUAAGAAGUAGACUCAGAAAUUGAUGCAAUGUUGAUAGAUUGCAAAGUUCUUAGGACUUUACUGCAAGAGGAACCAUUGAAGAAAAUAGCUCCAGCAAGCUGUAUAUUUCCAGCAGGUGUAUGACCAUAGUUUGGCUGGGACAACCAGUUUCGGGUGUAUCCACAUAUGCUACAUGACUGAAGUAUUGACACCUGUGUUCCAGUCUGUAGUUUUUCUUCAACUGUACAGUUUGAAUUGCAUGAAGGACAAGUAGUGAACAAUUUCCACAAACAGCUUUUGAAGACAAUGAACUUCUUUUCACUGACCAAAUCGUCUUCUGUGAAGCUACAAUGAAAAACAGAACAUUAUCAGGCAUCUGAAAAAAUAUAAUAGGAAGGUACAUACAACAAAUUGAAAGUAUUGGCAAAGCUUGUUGCAAUUUUCUUUCCGAUUUCGCGAGCGUGUGGUUGGUAAUUUACAGUGGGUGUUACAUCCAUGAUUUCUGGUGCUUCCAAGUGGCCAGAUAAAAAAAAUGUGGGAAUGGCGUUUUGUAACAGAGACAGUCUAGAUGCUAAACCAUUUGUCCACAUGGCGUAAUUCGCGAAGCACUCUUUCUUGAAAUGUUUGCUGCAGACUCGAGAAUUGCGACUCAAGGAGCUGAGGCAGUCAACUCCGGCAAAAUCAGCCCAAGCUGUACGAGUUGUUUCUUCAGUUGGAAAUUCAAACAACGAUACUUCCCGUGGCAUGGAAACUUGGCCACAUCCCUUCACCAGACACCUCGUCGGCAUUUCGAAUAAACAAUAAAAAAUAAUAAAAAGGAAAAAAAACUUAGUCAACUAUGUAAUAAAAACAAAAAACGAAAAUGAAAAUCAGAAUAUCGCAAUAAUAGCACGUAAAAUUUGAGAGUAGAGCUAAUGCAUCUGUCGACUAAUGACUUCAACUAUCAAAAGACAGAAAUCAUGCAGCAUGUGUGCUUUCGAUCGACCUCCGAAACAGCGAUGUGAAAUUGCCCUUACCGAGCCCCUAAUGAGCCAUGCGAAUUUCAGUGCGAACGUAUAACAAUAGCGCCGAAUGUUGAAACAAUAGCACUUUCACACGUCACAAAGUGCUUUUUCCGAAAAAAAUUCUGUCGUCUUUUUACGGUGAUUCUCAACUUUGAGCGUCUAUAUCUGGAAAACGGGUAGAGAUUUUUGAAAAAAAAUUUCACGAUAGCUUCUUUUUCUCGACUAGCUACCAAUUUAUGGAAAAAUCUCAGAAAUAAUUUUUGGGCUGGGGUGGCCCUUUAAUGUAAAUGAUAUUGGAUCUAUCUUUGCCCAAGUCUCAAAGUUAGAUGACAGUCAGAGAUAUGAUAUUAUAUUAAAUGUCUGGAAGCCUGUUGAAGAGUUUGAGUUUCUCUCUCGAGUUUUCUAUGGAAAGCAAAGAAAGUUUCUACCUAAUUGGCUGAAAAGGUUUUCUUGGUUGACCUAUUCAAAAAUCUUUGAUGGAGCAUACUGCCUGCCAUGCAUUCUAUUUCAUAGAAAAGUUGGUUUCAAUGCUGAGAAAGCAACACAACAAAUUAAUAGCUCUCUUACUGAUUGGUCUUGUGCUGCACGUCGAUUCCAACAACAUGAAAUAUAUUCUGAAAUCCACAAAACCUCUCUCAUUACUAUGCAGCAUUUUGUUGAUGUGAUGGAAAAUGAAAUCAAGCCAAUUGAACAGAUAUAUGAUGAAUCUCGUAAUAAAGUGGUUUUUCAAAAUAGAGAGAAGUUGGUUUCAAUUGCCAAGAUUGUUUUGAUUUGUGGCCGUCAGCUACUGCCUUUCCGAGGACAUAGAGAUGAUGCCUCAUACUAUGAAACAGAGGAUUGUGGUAAUUUUCAAGCUCUUUUAGACCUAAGGGCGGAUAGUGGUGAUAAAGCUCUACAAGAUCAUUUUGCCAGUGCUCCACGGAAUGCAACAUACAGGUCUAAAACUAUACAGAAUGAAUUGAUAUCUUGUUCUGCUGCCAUUUUAAAAGAAAAAAUAAUCAGAGAAAUUAAAGAAUGUAAGUUUUUUUCUAUUUCGGCUGAUGAGGUAACUGAUUGUUCAAAUAAAGAACAGAUGCCUCUUGUUUUAUGUUAUGUAGAUCAUGAAGGUAACAUUCAAGAAAGAUUUAUGAAGUUCAUACACUGUGACACAGGAAUAACUGGGGAAGCACUGAAAGAUAAAAUAUUAUUCACUUUGGAGAACGAAUUUGGCCUAGACAUAAAAAAUUGCAUAGGUCAGUGUU